UUGUUUCGUAACACAGUUGCACUUCCUGCGUGCUGUAAAGACAGACUCUUUGUAUUACAAUACCUUACUUUUGUAGGUGUUAUAUUUUUAAGUUGCUGUACAAUGGUGGAAGGACCUGGGUGCACAAUAAACGGGGAAAAAAUCCGCUCUAGAGUUCAGAAAGGACAAAAAGUGAAAGAGAUUAAAGGAGGGGCAACACUGCAGAAUGGACCUCAUGCUGGAUCUCUUCAGAGUUUCACUGGCUGUCAGUUCACAGGGGUGGAGACUCUGGGAAAGGAGCUCUUUAUGUACUUUGGUCUGAGAGCGCUCAGAGUCCAUUUUGGGAUGAACGGCUCAUUGCGUAUCAACCCCAGCGAGAGACAGGACAGAGGAGGAAUGCCAUCUGCCCUGGAAGUUAGUUUGACCAAGGAUACUGUGUGCUUUUUUGAGUCAACAGUUGAAAUCAGACUCACUGCUGAUUGUCAACAGAAAGUUAGGGCAUUUGAAAGCCUGGAUGUUUGCUCUCCUAAAUUCAGCUUCUCCAGAGCAGAGGAUGAGAUCAGGAAGCAGAGAAAUGACAUUCUUUGUGAUGUGCUGCUGGACCAGAAUGUUUUACCAGGAGUUGGAAACAUCAUCAAAAAUGAAGCUCUUUUUGACAGCGGACUGCACCCUGCUGUUAAGGUUAGCCAGCUGACAGAACUGCAGAUUCGCCACCUUGUGAAAAUGACCCGUGAUUUUACCCUUCUCUUUUACAAGUGUCGGAAAUCCGGGUCUCCACUUUACAAACAUUACAAGGUGUACAAGCGUCCUACAUGUGGCCAAUGUAAUGGACGAAUCACUGUCUGCCGACUUGGGGAGAACAGACGGAUGACAUACUUCUGUCACCAUUGUCAAAAUCAAGACCCAGGCCAGGUUGAUGUUAACAAACUUCCAGUCAGGAAUAGUUUAGUAGGCUUGGUAUAUCAAGGAAGGAUGCAGUCUAAUGAUCACAUUGCCAAAAAGGAAGAAGAGGAAUGGACUUGUGAACUCUGCACUUUGAUAAACCAGCCAAGUGCUAAAAGCUGUAAUGCCUGUUUAACACCUAGGCCUAAACUUUCUAAAGUGGAGAUUAAUGAAGAGUUUUCAUCUUUUACUAGAGAUUUGAUCAAAUUUCCUCAUAAUGCCUUUGCCAAGCCCCAAGAGGAGAUUAAACUCAACAGAAAAACUGUGUUUGGAACCUCUACACUUGUCAUUACAGAUUUCAGCAGAAAGCCUUCCCCAUUGACAAGUCCCCAGCUAAAUUCUGAGAAAAGUAAUUUGAAUCCUUUGGUCACACACAGCAGUUUGAAUAAACACAGUUUUAUCCAGGGGAAAACAGGUCCUAAUUACACUCUUACUGGCUCUUCGAGCAAAAGCUCAGAGCCGUCUGGCAGGGAAUAUGCCUCUUCCUUCCAUCAGCCAACAAAGAAAAUGAAAAUGGAUAGAUCCUCUUUUUUAAGUAACAAUGCACAAACCUGGAAUUCUAACUCAGUAUUCAGUGAACCUGGUGUUAACAAGACAGAUGGCUCAGCUCCAGCAUCUCAUGGGAAGCCGUGCUGCACCACCCACAGACAGCAGUGUGCUCUCAGGGUCGUAAAGAAGGAGGGUGAAAACAAAGGAAGACAGUUCUUUACGUGUUCUUUACCACGAGAGACCCAGUGUGGUUUUUUUGAGUGGGCUGAUUUACAUUUCCCCACCUGUCAUCAUGGUAAACGGUGCCUCAUGAGAACUGUGCUGAAACUCGGCCCCAAUAAUGGACGGGACUUUUAUGUCUGUCCUCUAGGAAAGACUAAGCAGUGUGACUUUUUCCAGUGGGUUGAAAACAGCCCAGCAGACAGGCCGUAAUUCUGAGUGAUCGAUGAAUAUUUUUAGUAGUUUUCGUUUUACCCCGUGUUUUGAAUUUUGUAAUUCACCUGAGCAAAACUGAAAAUAUAAAAUUAAAAUACAAUCUGCAGUUUUAAAAUUUGGAAACACAAAAUUAUAACCUGCAUGUGUUUGCAUCAGUCUAGAUUGCUUAUGACUGAUUUGCAAAAACUCCUUUCUUGUCAUUCUCCGUUCAUGACUGAAGAGAAAGCACAAAGAACAUAGCCUCUAUGUCUUCCAGUGUGUACACCUCCUGAUUAAAAUGAAAAUGUAUUAAAAUGUAUUUAUGACUUUUAUAUACUUCCAGCAGUAAUCUUCAGUUCAGGUGACAAUUUUAAUAUUGUGAUUUUGUGUUUGUGAGAAAAUCCCAUUAAUUUCCUGUACAAUCUUGAAAUGUAUAUG